UUUCGUUUCUUUCUCACCAAGUAAAUUUUCUUCCCGGUUACACAUUUCAGAUCGCAGAAGGAAUAGGUUUUCCACCCUAUUGACUUUGCGGAUUAACCAUGUCUUCCCCUGCCGAGUAUUUCAAGUCACUUCCACCGAUAAGUAAAGCAUAUGGGACAGCAUGUUUGUUGACGACCAUUGCUUGCCAAAUUGGGUUGCUACAGCUUGAACACAUUGCAUUGCUUCAUGAGCUAGUGAUCUUUCGUUUUCAGGUGUGGCGCCUGAUUACAAACUUCUUUUUUCUUGGCAAAUUUUCUAUCAAUUUUGGGAUUCGGCUCUUAAUGAUAGCAAGAUAUGGAGUCCAACUGGAAAAUGGACCUUUCCAAAGACGCACAGCAGAUUUCUUGUGGAUGAUGAUUUUUGGAGCUUUGUCACUAUUGGUAUGUAAGAGUCUCUCUCUCUGUGCGAUGGGGAGGGCAUUUCAUUUUCUCCGUUUUCCUUUUUCUCUCUCUAUAUUAAAGAGGAUCAAAGGCAAAUGCACCAUUUACCAUUUCAAGUUGGCUGAAAUUGGCACACUC